AUGAAUCCCUCCGAUGAUCCUGAAAUCCACAGCGACGACAGCGAAGAGAGCGAAGAUGCCGCUGCCCCCAAGGCGAGAACCAUCAGAUCUAGUCGUGCAUGUAUUACAUGUCGUCGCAUGAAGACGCGAUGCGAGAUCGACGAAGCCCUAGGAAACGCGUGUAAGCUGUGCAUAAGAGCCCGUCGGCAAUGCAUUAUGCAAGAUGUACCACGACGAAGGAAAAGAAAGACUACCGAACGGGUUGCAGACCUCGAGCAGAAAAUCAAUGCCUUGACAGCACUAUUGACCGCCAACGAGACGAGCAGCCCUUCAGAUCGCAAGAAACUUAGCAGUAUUCAUGAUGAUUCGACAGGAAAUUCGGGCUCCAAGGUGGAAGCAUCAGCCAAAACCGAAACCACGCUCAUUGCAGAAGCCAUGUCUGCCGGCUUGCUCGACUGGGAAACUGCCUGCAAGGCUUUCGACCGGUACAAGAACGAAAUGUCUCGCUACUUCCCCUUUGUGGUCUUCGCGUCUGAUACAGAUGCUCUUGCCGUCAAGCAGCAGCAAUCGCUCCUGUUCUUCGCUGUCAUUACGGUUGGCCUUGCUUCAAUGCAAACAACCGUCGAUGCUGAACUAUGCGACAUGCUCAUCAAAGAUCUAGCCUUACGUGUCGUAUACAGGGGAGAACGAUCUCUUGAACUCGUGCAAACGUUGAUCAUUCACGUCUUGUUCUACGGCAGGACCAAAAAUUUGCGAGAUCUUAAUUUCAACCAGAUGCUGCAUAUUGCCUGCACAAUGGCGCUUGACAUCGGCUUAGGCAGACGGCCUCAUAAAUCUUCGGCAACCCAAAGAAGUGAUCCCCAUCAAUUGGAAUCACUCGCGGGACGGCGGGCAUGGUUAGGAUGCUAUUAUAUGGGGACGAGUGUUUCAAUGUCACUUCGCCACCCUGCCUUCGUCCGCUGGUCUGUGUAUACUGAGGAAUGUUUGGAUGUCCUCUCAGCGGAGAAGCCUACCUUAGCAAGCGAUACAUGGCUGUGCGACUUGAUACGUAUCCAACGUAUUGCAGAAGAUGCCUCGGUCACAUUUUCUAUGGAUGACCCUGGUGCAAUUGUCACACUCCGAGAUGUUAAGGUACAGUAUCAGAUUCGGGGCUUUCGUCAGCAAUUGGACUAUUGGCGUCGCCAUGCCAAAACAGAUCUGAGCCUGCCCUACGUUCGCCACGUUGUGGCAUGCAUCGAUCUGUUUAUCCACGAAAUAGCCCUGCAUCCGGAACAUGACAUCGACGACCUCCGUUCACCGCUUCGUCCUGUUCAUGCGCCCCAAGUUGAAGCAGUCGAGAGUAUGACAUCAAAGUUCAAAGACUUACAUUUCAUUCCCGCAAGAGUCGAGGCAUUGGCCAACUGCCUCGCUGCGAUACACGAAUGCUUUGACGGAUUUCUCUCCACAGACUUGGCCUCCAUUUGCACUUUGCCAAACAUUUUCUUUGUACGCACCGGCUAUGCAGCUCGAGCACUCCGCAAACUACUCAAUAUAUGCGAUAGCCAGGCUGAGUUUGAAGGGAGAUCCCACAUCGACGUUCAAGAUCUGAAAUUCGAAGAGUAUCUGACGGCAAUCAUUGAUGUGCUCAGGAGGGUGCAUGCUCAAACUAACUCUAUUGUGGCCAGAGCAUUCUGCUUGGUUCUCUCGCAGAUUAAGACACAAGGACUAAAUUCAUCCAGAUUGCUUUCUGUGCUGAAGCAAGCGGACAAUGCUGCAGCUAUCAGAUCAGCAGUCGGUCCGACACCCGUCCCUUCUAUGCCCUCAAUUGAACGCUUCGACUGCCUCCAUAGCGAUGAGAGCCAACAGUCACACGAAACAGAACCCCUCGCUUAUGGUUUUGGUGGCCUCACUAGCGUGCCUCCGACUCGAGCCCAGCUGCCCCAAGAACAGACUCUAUUGGAUGCACAGACUCAAGCCAAAAGUGCACAGUGGUUGGAGAAUGAUACGGACGAUGCUUUCAUGAGCGGUAUUGAUGUUUUGCAGUGGUUUGAACAGGACUUGGCCUUUGAUGAUCCUGCGGCGUACGACUAUGACCGUCAACUCCCUCUCCAGCAUUUGCAACAAUAA